UGAGUCUCGCUGCGUGCGUCUAUAACUUUGUGUUGCUUGCUGCUGGUGGUGGUUAGGAGAAGGAAUGUGGAAGUCAGUAGAGUGCAGGGUGACAGGCUGGUCGGGCGAGCUGCAGCAGCAGCAUUAUUUCUCCCUGGCAGAUCAUUUGCUUUUCCCCUUCUGUUUACAGAGGUGUCGUACGGUUUUUUGCUUUCUCCUCCUUUGCCUUUAAAGGGAAGGCGACUAGAAGCUGAAGACGCAGCAGCAGGAGAAUCAGGAAACCAUGCACCAGCGCUGCUUUUUCCUCCUGUGAAUCUGGAUCUUUAUUUUUGCUGGAGAGGGUAGAGGUUGCUGCUGGUUCUUCCCCUUCCCUCCUUCCUCGGCCGAUGUGUCUUUCUCUGUCUCUUUUGCCAGUGUUUUUUAAAUGACUUGAGCGAAGGGGGGAAAACUGUCAAGAUGGCAGCAGCAGGAGCAAGGAGGUUAUGAAUGUGGUGUUGAUGCUGGAACAAAACCCAUCCUCUUGGCAGCCCUACGGAGGGCUUAAAGCUUCUGGACCUGUUGGAAGACUGGUGAUUUGAUUUGUUUUUGUUUUGCUUUCCUCGCAAGAAGGGUAAAAAAUCCAGUGGUGUUUUCUUCCCCGUUCGGUUGGUUGUGAAAUUUAGUUUUGUAUAUAUAGAUCUAUAUAUUUUUUGGAAAGUGGAAUGCAUAACUACGGCAAAUGCUAGUGUGCAAUUGGAGGUACAUUAAGACUUCAGCUCCCUUUGGGGCGUUUUGAAGGAGGAAAAAGUCAUCAAUGUAAUGUGAAGGACCCCUCUCUCUUUUCCCCGGACAGAGAGAGAGAAAAAGGAAAAGGUCUACCAGAGCAGCCGGGAGCAGGCUUGGUGGUGUUGGAGGGGUCUCUCUCCGAUGGAUACAGCGUGAUUGCCAGUGGAGCACUUCUGCAGCUGCAUGGAGUGAAACAUAAACAAACACACACGACUGAGCUGCACCAACUCCACUGCGUUUGGGCUGCUGUUGGCGCCGUCCCCCCACCCAUCUGGUUCCAGAGGCGCAUCUGGAACCUCUGGCCUCGCCUGAUCCCUUAUUGAUCGCCUUGUGAUUAUUAGUAGUAUUUUGUGUGUGUGUGUGCACUGUCUGCUGGGAGAGGGGGCGGGGGAAGGCAGAAGGCUGCAGGACUUUAAUGGAGAGUGGCAUGUUCACUCGCUCCCCCCUGCCUGGUAGGCACUGAUCCGCAGCGGCAGGAGGAGGACUGGGGUCCGGACCUGUCUAUCCCAUCGCAGCACCAGGAGCAGUAGCAGCGGGAGGAGGGGAAGCCAAGAUGGCAGAGGCGUCUCCCCCUGCCCCCCUCUCCCCUCUGGACGUGGAGCUGGACCCCGAGUUCGAGCCCCAGAGCCGGCCCCGCUCCUGCACUUGGCCCCUACAAAGGCCUGAGUUGCAGGCGAGCCCGGCCAAGCCCUCGGGGGAAGCGGCCGCGGACGCCGCCUCCAUGAUCCCCGAGGAGGAGGACGACGAGGAGGAAGGGGGCAGCUCGCCCAUGGCCAUCGGCAGUGCCGUCCCCGGCGGAGGGGAAGCGCUGGCUCCGGAGGAGGCGGCCCGGCUGCUGACCCCGCUGUCCGGGGUCGGGACGGAGGGCUCGGGCCAGGCCCCCGGGGCAGCGGCGGCUGGGGGCAGCGGGCUGAGUGGGGGGCAGCCGGCGGCGGCGCCGCGGAAAUGCUCGUCCCGGCGGAACGCGUGGGGCAACCUGUCCUACGCCGACCUGAUCACCCGCGCCAUCGAGAGCGCCCCGGACAAGCGGCUCACCCUGUCCCAGAUCUACGACUGGAUGGUGCGCUGCGUGCCCUACUUCAAGGAUAAGGGCGACAGCAACAGCUCGGCCGGCUGGAAGGUCUUUUUCUUGCCUUGCAUCUUUUCUUGGUCUGUGAAGAUGUUUACUCUAAGAAUAGGCAGUGGCACCCUCUGGCUUUUGCUGUCUACACAGCUUCAAUCGGUCCUGCUGAUACAGAGUCCUUGUAACUCAAUCCGGCAUAAUUUGUCACUUCACAGUCGAUUCAUCAGGGUACAGAAUGAAGGAACUGGGAAAAGCUCUUGGUGGAUGAUUAAUCCAGAUGGUGGAAAAGGUGGGAAGCCCCCACGGAGACGCGCUGUUUCAAUGGACAAUAGCAACAAAUACACAAAGAGCAGAGGCCGAGCAGCUAAGAAAAAGGCAGCCCUGCAAGCUGCACAAGAAGCUACCGAGGACAGCCCGUCUCAACUUUCCAAGUGGCCAGGGAGCCCAACUUCUCGCAGCAGUGAUGAGAUGGAUGCUUGGACAGAUUUCCGCUCUCGUACAAAUUCAAAUGCCAGUACAAUAAGUGGCCGUUUGUCACCGAUAUUGGCGAGUACCGAACUAGAUGACGUUCAGGAUGAUGAUGCUCCACUUUCUCCAAUGCUGUACAAUAGUCCAUCAAGCAUGUCCCCAUCGGUAAAUAAACCAUGUACUGUUGAGUUGCCUAGGUUGACUGAUAUGGCAGGCACAAUGAACUUGAAUGAUGGACUGACAGAUAACCUCAUCAUGGAUGAUCUUUUGGACAAUAUAACGCUCCCCUCUCCCCAGCAGUCACCAUCAGGGGGGCUCAUGCAAAGAAGCUCCAGUUUUCCAUAUGGUUCCAAAGGUUCCGGACUUGGUUCUCCAUCAAGUAAUUUCAACAGUGCUGUGUUUGGACCAUCAUCUCUGAAUUCCCUUCGUCAGUCUCCCAUGCAGACCAUUCAAGAGAACAAGCAAGCUACCUUUUCUUCCAUUUCUCAUUAUAACAACCAGACGCUGCAGGAUCUGCUGGCAUCUGAGUCACUUAGUCACAGUGAUGUCAUGAUGACGCAGUCUGAUCCACUCAUGUCUCAAGCCAGCACUGCUGUGUCUGCCCAGAAUUCACGCAGGAGUAUCAUGCUUCGUAGUGAUCCAAUGAUGUCAUUUGCUGCUCAGUCCAACCAGGGAAGUUUGGUCAAUCAGAACCUGCUCCACCACCAGCAUCAAUCUCAGAAUUCUUCUCUUGGUGGCAGUCGUGCCUUGUCAAAUUCCAUCAGUAACAUGGGCUUAAAUGAUACGAACAACUUAGGGUCAGCCAAACACCAGCAGCAGUCACCCAUCAAUCAGUCUAUGCAAACCCUUUCUGACUCACUCUCAGGCUCUUCUUUGUAUUCCACUAGUGUGAACCUUCCAGUCAUGGGGCAUGAUAAAUUCCCAAGCGAUUUGGACCUGGAUAUUUUCAAUGGAAGCUUGGAAUGUGACAUGGAGUCCAUUAUCCGCAGUGAACUCAUGGAUGCAGAUGGGUUGGAUUUUAACUUCGAUUCCCUCAUCUCAGCUCAGAACGUUGUCAGUCUGAAUGUGGGGAGCUUCACUGGUGCUAAGCAGGCUUCGUCACAGAGUUGGGUGCCAGGCUGAAGGAUCCUUGAGAAAAGGGGAAAUGGGCAAAGCAGGCCCUUAAACUGACAUGAGACCUAAAGAGAGAACCCUUUGCCAAAUCUGCUGUCAGCAAGUGGACAGUGAUACCGUUUACAGCUUAUGAUCUUUGUGAACCCUGCAUUAUUUUCCUAAUGAAGCAGAGACUGUUAAUGGGCCCCUUAUCCAAGCGAAGAGCCUCCUUUUUCGGAAUUGAACUCGUUCUAAAGUAUGCAAAAUCUUCCUUUUAUGGGAUGGUCAAGCACCUACUGUGGAGACAAUGUUCAGCGCCAUCCUGUUGAGAACACACUGUGUAGCCUUUACCGUAGUUAUUUGUCAAUGAGUAUGUGGUGUUUCGAUAUAUUAAUGGUUUAUGGGUUAUUUUAAUUUGGCUUCUAUUUUGGGGGGUUUCCCCAUCUCACCCCUCUAACCUUCAGUUUGUUUGUUUUUUUAAAGAUGUUUUAACCAUUUUCUCUUUCUCUCCUUGUGCAUCUGAAAUACAGUGUAUGCACAAUGAAAGGCUAUACUAAUUACCAUUACCCAACAUAGCUUCAGACAUCAGCACUACCUGAGUAUGUAGCAUUCAUUACACCAAGCAACUGACUGAAGUCCAGAGAGAGAUGGCUUGUGGGUUUUGUUUUUGUUUUUUGACUUUUUUUCAAAUCUUUUCUUCAAUUUAAUGGUACAUACCUUGUUUUUCCAUAAACAUCAAGCCAGAGUUGAUUACAUAACAAGAGAAACUAGCAAGGUUGCUAGUUGCCAGUCCUGUCCAGUGUUUGUAAGGACUGAGUGAGGGUGCCAUUUCAUAGUGUUUACUGAUUCAGCACCUGAUUGAUUUGAUCGAUCUCACCUAUUGCAUUAUGUUAGCAGAGCUGCCCUAAUGGUUGCAGUGAAUAGAAUUAGUCUGCCUCAGCAGUUUGGAAACUGGUUGAUCUUAAAACAAGUAAUAAGAUAAGCUGUCCACCCAACACAGGUUGAAUGUAACCACUUGUAAGGAAAUGGUUUAAAAAGGAAAGGGAAGUAAAAUAUAUGACAUUGCAGAAAAGAUAACUUACAGUAUAUGCAUCAACAGUGACUUACAGUAGAGUCAUCAGAAGUUCAAAUGCAGAUCACUGCAGGGUAAGUUAUUACAUCAGUGAUUUUUCUUACAUACAUAUCCUUGAUUAUUUUUUCCUUCUCACUAUGCGUAACCCAAUCUGAAAAAAAGAAGCUGUAGAGGGAAAGGCAAGAAAGUAAUGCUAUACAAACGGCUUUUCAUAUAAGCUUAGAUAGUAACUGGAUAAAUGACACUGAAAGACAAGGCAGUUUUAUAUGUUUUGCUUAUAUGGGUUUCUUUUGUAAAAUGAAUAACAAUGAAUGAAUAAUAAUGAAUAAAAGGUAUGGUGCUGCUGUAUAGAUUCUCUCUAUAAUCUGGAAAGCUUGAUUACUUUUUAUUACUAUUUUUUGGGGGGGGGAGGAAAAAGAGGAGGAAACACCAAUGGUACAUAAGAACUUGGUAUGAAGACGCUCUGAAUAGGACAGUGUAUACAUACUUCUCCAAAGUGAUAUAUGAAGACUUUUUUCUUUGCAUAAAAGCAUUAUGCAUAUAAAUAUAUAAAUAUAUUUUAUUAUGUACAGAAAUGGAUCAUUAUGCAUGGAUGUUAGGAAAACAAGCUAGCAUUUUAACCCAAAGUUUCAGUGCAUGAGUUCCCACUGACACAUGUACCAUGCAAUGUAGAGUGACUCCCUUUCGCCACCACCCAACAUGCACGCAUACACACACACAAACUCACACACACAUUUGUGGGCCCCAUCUUGCUCCUUACUUUCCAGUUCCCUGAAGUAAUAUUGGUGAAAUAACAGCUCCUAGUGUGAUGGAAAAUUUGUUUUGUAUUGUAACCUCCUCAUGCUUGUGCUGUUCUAUUUUAUAGAUGAACCUGUUGAUUUCAUCCUGCCCUUUACUGAAUAUGUAAACUCUGUGCAGUUGUGAUUAUAGUAGACCCAUAGCAUAUCAAGCAGCUAAGAGUUUAUCAUUUUCAUUAAAUGAAACAACAUUUUUUUAAAUUAAGGUGGUCUAUUUAUCAAUGGCAGGGACUAGUUUAUUGUUUUUUUCUUUAUCAUCAGAAUUAGUUGAUGAUUCACAUUACUGAUCUUCCCAUUUGAGGUGAUAUUUCGGGUAACCAGCUACCCAGUACGAUAAUGGUGUACAGCAGUCAUCUGUUUUAGGGGUCAGUUCACUUACAGGAGUCCAGAUGCAGGCACCUUUUACCAAAGUUAGUAAAGAGCUUUAUUGCAAGCCUUCACUGUACUCGGUGUGUAUAACAGUAUCUGUCAGGUUUUUGGUACAUCAUUAAAUGUGAAUUAAACUGA